AUGGGACUCCCGCGUAUCUCACUGCCAAAAAAACUUCUGGAGAAGAUCAGAAAGCCGUGGGUUAAUGCUUUGAUUGUUCGACUAUUGGGCAAAAAUAUUGGGUACAAAAUGCUAUGUGCCAGAGUCAAGACUAUGUGGCGACUACAAGAGGAGUUUAAUGCCAUUGACCUUGGCUUCAAUUAUUUUCUUUUUAAAUUCUUUGACCCCUUCGACUGUGAAACUGUCUUCACGGGGGGCCCAUGGGUGAUUAUGGAUCAUUACCUCACAGUCAGACGAUGGGAACCAAAUUUUAAACCAUCGAAAGCUUUUGAAACCACAACCGCAGUCUGGGUUCGGUUUCCCGAGCUUCCGAUAGAGUAUUACCAGGAGAAAGUCUUAUUCACUAUUGCUAAAACCAUUGGCAGACCUCUGAAAAUUGACUGGACCACGACAAUGGCUACUCGGGAAAAAUUUGCUCGAGUGUGUGUGGAAAUAGAUUUGAGCAGGCCCCUGAAACCCAAAUUCCUACUUGAGGGCAACUGUUACUUCAUUGAAUAUGAAUCCCUCCAUUCCUUCUACUUCCUAUGUGGACGGAUAGACCAUCGAAAAGAAACUUGCAGAUUCAAAAUCCAUAAUGCUCCACCGAAGGGGAAAAAUCCAGCCGUUAUCGGCGAAGAGGUCACUAUCAACACUCUAUCAGAACCUAACGGUUACUUGCAACAAGAGUUAGAUGAUGCAGAGGCUUUCGGCCCAUGGCUGCUAGUUACUAAAAGAAAUCGAAGGCCAGUCCAUAACAAAAGGGCCCAAGAUCCUCAUGACCGAACCCACCAAAAUAAAUUUAAAAGCCUAGAAGAGGGCCCAGAUGGCCAAGCCACCUACCACAGGGGCAAGAAAAACAACCCAGUAGGUCAUGAGAUAGCCCAACAAGAGCCCAACCUCCAAAUCGGAUCAAACCAACCCAAUGAGCCUAAAGGUAACGACAAAACUAGGGCACUCCAUCCCCAUUCCACAGAUUCAGACAACCAUAAUCCAAUUCGGAGACACUCCAGCUGGAAGCUAUUGGAGGAAGGUACAUCAUCACACCAUAGAGAUCCUAGGGAAGAAACACAAAGCUGCGAUACAGACAUGGGCGUCAGUCACCCUAAUGACAGUCUUCAGACUGCAAAAGCUACUGAAUUGAUUCCUACAGUAGUGCACACUUAA